AAAACUGUGGGAUAUAUUUUCCAGAAAUAAAAAGAGAUCCAGGCAAGUAUUUACACAGUUGUCCUGAAUCUGUAAAAAAAUGGCUUCAACAGCUGAAGAAUGCUGGGAAAAUUCUUGUAUUAAUCACCAGUUCUCACAGUGAUUACUGUAGACUUCUCUGCAACCAUAUCCUGGGGAAUGAUUUUGCAGAUCUUUUUGACAUUGUGAUUACAAAUGCAUUGAAGCCUGGUUUCUUCUCCCACUUACCAAGUCAAAGACCUUUCCGGACACUUGAGAAUGACGAGGAGCAGGAAGCCCUGCCGUCUCUGGAGAAACCUGGCUGGUACUCCCAGGGGAACGCUGUGCACCUUUAUGACCUGCUGAAGAAAAUGACUGGCAAACCUGAGCCCCAGGUAUUUCCUCACUGAGUGGGGUCCUCGGUGCCCACUUGCAGACAAACUUCUGUAAACUAAACCGUGAUUCAUUUUUUUAAAUAUAUAU